AUCGAAAAGAGCGAUCCAUUUGAAGCUUUAUGAGCUUCAAAGCACUUUUAUACGUGAAUAAUAACGUCAUUACGCAGCUAGAAGUUUUGGAAAUAACUAACAGACCGUACUCGAAAUGACACGUGCAUAGUACCAUUACAGAAUAUUUACGAUUUCAUGUAUAUACUUGUGUUCCGUAUAGCGAAUUAUUUCAGUAAAGCGACGGUCAUUCUUAUUAAUUUUUAAUCAUGAUAGCUUUGACUAUGAAAAGUGAACUAAUUAAAUAAAAAAUUAAUUGUAUAUAAAAAUUAGAAUAUAAAAAUUAUUCUUGCAAAUAUGUGGGCGGAUACUAUUCUAAUAGUAUUUAUCAGCAUAUGUACAGCAUUGUUAGGUGAAGGGCUGACAUGGCUAAUGGUAUAUAGGACCGAAAAAUAUCAAAAAUUAAAAGCUGAAGUGGAAAAGCAGAGUAAGAAAUUGGAAAAGAGGAAAGAAGCCCAUGGUGAUUCUUUGGAUAAACAGCAAAAAAAGAAAAUCGAACGUGAAGAGGAAAGAUUGAAAAAUAAUAAUCGAGAUUUAUCUCUAGUGAAAAUGAAGUCAAUGUUUGCAAUUGGAUUCGCCUUUACAGCACUGUUAAGUAUGUUCAAUAAUAUAUUUGAUGGACGAGUUGUUGCUAGAUUACCAUUUGUCCCAAUCAGCUGGAUACAAGGCUUGUCACACAGAAAUCUCUCAGGCGAUGAUUAUACAGAAUGUUCAUUUAUAUUUUUGUACAUAUUAUGUACUAUGAGUAUCAGACAGAACAUCCAGAAAAUGCUUGGCUUUGCACCAUCCAGGACUGCAAGUAAACAAAGUGGAAGUAUCUUUGGACCUCCUCCUCAGCAAUUUAAAUAAAUUCAGAUUUGAAGAAUUACAGCUGGUGUUUAAAGAAAUUAUUAUAUACCUUAUUGCUCAAUUUUAGAUGCUUACAUAUCUUUUAUUGAUCUUUAUAAUGUCAAUUGUUAAUUUUUCUUUGCAUCCCAUAUUGAAAUGCUUAAAGAAACAUUUAAAUGAACUUUUCAAAUUUCCUCUUAUUGUCUUCC